GGCCGGGCCGGGCGGGGCGGCCGGGCUCACCUGGGCCUCCCCCUUUGAACCCGGGCGGCGGCCGGAGCCUUCGUCCCGCGGGCCGGCCGGCGGGCGGCAGACGGCGCCCCACCGACGGCAGGGAAUAAAGUCUCUGGGACCCCCCCACUUCAGCCCAGGGACCCACUGCCUCCUACAGCUGUGCUGACCUGCUUGUGCCUCCCCAAGCCCCCAGGAUGGACACCUGGGUGACACUGCUGGUCCUCCUGCUGCCCUUGGCUGACUCAUCGGCCCCGGCCCCCGCCCUGCGAUUUGUGGCUGUGGGGGACUGGGGCGGGGUCCCCAAUGCCCCCUUCUACACUGCUCGGGAAACAGCCAACGCGAAGGAGAUCGCCCGGACCGUGCAGACUCUGGGUGCCGAUUUCAUCCUGUCCCUAGGGGACAAUUUCUACUUCACUGGUGUUCAUGACACCAAUGACAAGCGGUUCCAGGAGACGUUCGAGGACGUGUUCUCUGACCGCGCCCUUCGCAACGUGCCCUGGUACGUGCUGGCUGGAAACCACGACCACCUUGGUAAUGUUUCGGCACAGAUUGCCUACUCCAAGAUCUCCAAGCGCUGGAAUUUCCCAAGCCCUUACUACCGCCUGCGCUUCAAGAUCCCACGGACCAACAUGUCUGUGGCCAUCUUCAUGCUGGACACGGUCAUGCUGUGUGGCAAUUCGGAUGACUUCAUCAGCCAGCAGCCUGAGAUGCCCCAAGACCUGGGCCUGGCCCGCACCCAGCUGGCCUGGCUCAAGAAGCAGCUGGCAGCCGCCAAGGAAGACUUUGUGCUGGUGGCUGGCCAUUACCCUGUCUGGUCCAUUGCCGAGCAUGGCCCCACCCACUGCCUCCUCAAGCGCCUGCAGCCACUGCUGGCCACCCACGGGGUCACUGCCUACCUUUGUGGCCAUGACCACAAUUUGCAGUAUCUGCAGGAUGACAGUGGCGUGGGUUAUGUGCUGAGCGGGGCUGGGAACUUCAUGGACCCCUCAGUGCGACAUCAGCACAAGGUCCCCAACGGCUACCUCCGCUUUCACUACGGGUCUGAGGACUCGCUGGGUGGCUUUGCCUACGUGGAGAUCACCCCCAAGGAAAUGAGUGUCACCUACAUCGAAGCUUCGGGAAAAUCCCUCUUCAAGACCAGCCUCCCCAGGCGACGCCGGCCCCGCUCCUCCUCCUCCACACACGUGGGGGCCUGAGACUGGAAACCAGGCAGAGCCUGGAGGGGAGGGUGGGCGCUGUGGGGAACCCCCUCCCAAGGAAGCCACAAAUACCUUCACAUAGGAAAGAGCACAAGACACUUGGUCCCAGCCAUAAGUAUCACACCCCACAGCUGCUCCCCUCAGCCCAUUUGGGGGAUGGGGAUGCAAGGGGAGGU